AUGCGGGUGUUGGCAGGUCUGCCGGUGAAUGGGAAACGGUUUGCGCCGAACAAGGCGUGGUGCGCGUGGGCCGAGGCCCAUGGAUGCCUACCGGUUGACGAGGAAGAGGAUGACGACGAGAAUGGGGAGGUGCAGGCGGUUUGUGUGGAUGUCGGGCAGGAAUCGGACGACGAGGACAAUGUCUCUGAUGUCCAUGCCUCUGCCUUCAAAGACGAUGACAAUGGAGAAUUCGAUGGUGGUGCAGCCGUGUUCGACGAGAAUGUUCUCUCAUUUGCAAAUAUGCGAUUUCACGUUGCAUCGGAGACUGAAUCGCAAGUUUCGCCACCCUUUGAACGCGAAUACACAGACGGAUAUUUCGAGACCCAGCGUAUUCUUAUUUGGCCUCCGGCUGGAAGUCCCAAUGCCAAUAUCCCCUCGGUGUUCUACUUCUGCGAGCUCCUUGGUGAUGAUUUUUAUCGGAUGGAAUUUCACGAUCUCUACAAUACGCUGUUCACCGGCAAUGUGCUGCACUCAAUGCAAAGCCAUUCUGAAUCAAAACAAACAUCGUGUCUCUGUCCGUGGUACAAUUUCUAUCAUCAUGAGCAUUAUUCCUAUCAGUCGCGUACCACUUCCGUCUCCGACUUAGGCCUCUUCUUUUCUGAAAAAAUGUUAACGAGACCCAUAUUGACCGACGACUUUUGCCCGUGGUCUAAUGUAGACGGAGGAGGUAUUUGGAGCAUAUUGGGUGGGCUGUUUUGUGAACGACGCCGACGAAAUUGGACUGAUAGCACAUCUGCGGAAAACAGUGUAAGUGGCCAUGAUAUGGCUUUCCUCUUCAACGCCAGUUUUGACGUGGAGGAUUGUGACACUAGGAAAGAAUGUACAGUUGAUGAAAAAGGAGAUGAAGCAGAGGAAGAAAAAGAGGCUGAGGACGAAGAAGAAGAAGAAGAAGUGAGAGAUGAAGAAGAGACUGUAGAAGAGAUGGCAGAAAAUAAUGCGGUGGAGACAUUGAAGCGGGUGGACGCGAAUGAGGUGGAAGUGAAUCAGGAUGUGGAAAAGUCGGAAUCUAGUGGAGAAGCAAAUUCAACUUUGGAAGACUACAGAACAAGUGAUGUUGAUGGUGCUGAUGAA